AGUCACCUGGAGACCGGCAGCGGCGGCAGACUGGAGGCACUGGAAGAGGGAACAGCAUGGGAGGUGUCCACUCAAGCGAGAGGAUGGCUGGAGUUUUCUCCUAUGAGAGUUCAGAGAUCGACUGGUGUGAAGACAACUACAAACACUCGGAACACGUGGUGGAGUUCUUCAACACUACGAGCAGCUUCAUUUUCUUUAUUAUAUCUCCUAUCAUGCUGUACCUCCUGCAUCCUUAUGCCAAAGAGAGGAACUUAGCAAUCCACUUGGUCUGGAUCAUGAUGUUUUUUGUUGGAUUUUUCUCUGCCUACUUUCAUAUGACUCUCAGCUUUGUGGGCCAGAUGCUGGAUGAGUUGUCAAUCUUGUGGGCGUUGGCAGCGGGAUACGCCAUCUGGUUCCCACGUAGGCUGUUCCCUUCUUUUAUCAAGGACAGGUCCACCUUUGCAAGACUCAUCCUGGUGUUUACUGCCGUCACUUCGGUCACCUCCUUUGUCAGGCCCACAGCCAAUGCCUACGCUCUCAACCUCUUCGGCCUGCACCUGCUCUACAUCCUGGCUAUUGAGAUGAGAAGCUGCACGGACCAGAAGGUUUUAAGGCUUGCCAAGCUGUCAGUGGCUUUAUGGGUGCUGGCUAUCUCCUGCUGGAUUAGUGAUCGUUUUGGCUGUGGAUUUUGGAAGAGCCUGAACUUCUGCUACCUGCACGGUAUAUGGCACAUUUUGAUCGCGAUAGCGGUGGCAUAUGCGACUACACUCGUCGCUUACCUGGAUGCCAACUACGAGAUCCCCUACUCACUGCCUGGACUGCGGUACUGGCCCUGUGAUAAGUGGGCACUUGGAUUACCUCAUAUUGUCCUGAAAGGCACAAGCAAGACAUUAAAGCGGUGCUAAUUAACAGAGCAGCACACUGAGUUUACUGAUGGCAGGCCACCAUUAUAUCUCACCAAUAAUAACUACUGUGAUGAAUCAGCACUGGAAGAAAUCAACUUGAAACUGGCAUAUCAUCAUAUCAUCGACACUUCACUAUGCACACUUGCACGCAAAGCGAUUUAACCCCUGUUGUAAAUUACAAUUAUUUGCUAAAUUCCACAAACUUUUCUUAGAUGGUGCCUUUUAUAUAUCAGUUUACCAUUGUUAUUGUUGCUAGUAAAGCACAUUUACAAUGACGGGUUGAAGUGAUCUCAGUGUACAAAAUGAUUGAUUUUAGAGGAAAUGAAUGUAUUUCCUCAUACGUCAACGCCUUCUGGUAAAUGUCCAUUUUUGUUUAUUACUGACAGUUUGCCUUGUUUGGUCUGUUUACACAUGACACAUGAAAAUAAGUACUCUGUCUGACUGUAACAAGAAGUGAAACUAUGUUAUGUUGUAUCGUGAAUAUCAUUUUAUGAAAUGUUUGUAUUUAUUUAUGGUCAAUAAUGGAGUAGGUCCUUAUGCGUAUUUCAUUCGAUGUGUAACGUCUUUCCGUUUGUUGUCAUUUGACAUUGCAACACUGAAAGCACACAGUAAAUGUGUUUAAUCACAGUGCUGUUGUAGUACUGAAUUGUUGUGCAUGAAAACAAUCUCCUGCAAUCCAAAAGUGUAUGUGUUUAUGUACUUCUUAUCGAGUUCAUUAUGUGAAGGCUUGGCGGUAAUAUUUUGAAAAUGAUGCUGAAUGUAACAAGACCGUGAAUCAGGGUUAUCCAAAGUGCAGCUCAGGGGUCAUGUGUGGCCCGCAGCGCCUGUUUUUAUUGGCCCAAAUCCUCUAAAAAUGGUACCUUGCAAACCAAAAUGGCCCCACAAGCUCUCGGCUAUUUAGUAGACGGAAUAAUACUCAUAAUAAUAGGAUGAACCUGAAGUUUCACGAGGCUCCCUUUGUGACCAAAACAACAAAGCUUAGAUGUCGGCUGUUUUUUCUUUAAAUUAAUUUCAUUGCUUAACAUAUUUUGACCCACGUUGGAUUGUUAUUUGCAUGUUUAA